CCUCAUUGAUGAUUAAUGAACUGCAACAAUGCGACCAAAAAGUUCAGAGCCUCAGCGAGCCUCAGACUUGGAAGAGUCAGGAAGAGUCAGUCAGUCAAAAGUUUUAAGGAGGAUUAUCAUUUUUCUUUUUCUAUUUAUAUUUCUAUUUAUUGUAAUUUGGGAGGCAAGCACUUAUAGAAAUGUUAACUAAUCAACUUAAAUCAUUGGCUAUAAGGUCAAGUCAACGUACGGGAUUAUUAACAACUGGAACUAGAAUUAUUAGUCGUCAACUUUCAAGAUCAGGUACUUCUAAAUUAGCAACUAAUACAACUUCAGGUGAACUUCAUGUAUCAACUCCCAUUGAUCCUCCAACCGUUCGCCCUCCUGAAGGUUCAUCAAUUUCUUUAAAGAAUGCUAAUCGUGAUGACUCUAAAUUUGGUACAAGACCAAUUUAUUUAGAUGUUCAAGCAACAACUCCAACAGAUCCAAGAGUUUUAGAUAAAAUGUUGGAAUUUUAUACAGGAUUAUAUGGUAAUCCACAUUCUUCAACUCAUGCUUAUGGUUGGGAAACUGAUAAAGCAGUUGAAAAGGCUCGUGGUUAUAUUGCUGAUGUUAUUGGAGCUGAUCCAAAGGAAAUUAUUUUUACAUCGGGUGCAACUGAAUCAAAUAAUAUGGCUGUUAAAGGUGUACCUAGAUUUUAUAAAAAGACUAAGAAACAUAUUAUUACAACUCAAACUGAACAUAAAUGUGUUUUAGAUUCUGCUAGACAUAUGCAAGAUGAAGGAUUUGAUGUUACUUAUUUACCAGUUAAUUCUCAAGGUUUAAUCAAUUUAGAUGAUUUAAAAAAUGCUAUUCGUAAAGAUACUAUUUUAGUAUCUAUUAUGGCUGUUAAUAAUGAAAUUGGAGUUAUUCAACCAUUAAAAGAAAUUGGAAAACUUUGUAGAGAAAAUAAAAUCUUUUUCCAUACUGAUGCAGCUCAAGCUUUUGGUAAAAUAAAGAUUGAUGUUAAUGAAAUGAAUAUAGAUUUAUUAUCUAUUUCAUCUCAUAAAAUUUAUGGACCAAAGGGAAUUGGAGCUUGUUAUAUAAGAAGACGUCCAAGAGUUAGAUUAGAUCCAAUAAUUACUGGUGGUGGUCAAGAAAGAGGUUUAAGAUCAGGUACUUUAGCUCCACCAUUAGUUGCUGGAUUUGGUGAAGCUGCUAGACUUAUUAAAGAAGAUAUGGAAUAUGAUCAAAAAUAUAUUCAUAAACUUUCUGAAAAAUUAAAGAAUGGUUUAUUAUCAAUUCCUUCUACUCAAUUAAAUGGAUCAGUUGAUCCAAAUUCUCAAUAUCCUGGUUGUGUUAAUGUUUCUUUUGCAUAUAUUGAAGGUGAAUCAUUAUUAAUGGCUUUAAAGGAUAUUGCGUUAUCUUCAGGUUCAGCUUGUACUUCAGCAUCUUUAGAACCUUCAUAUGUUUUACAUGCUUUAGGAGCAGAUGAUGCUUUAGCUCAUUCUUCAAUUAGAUUUGGUAUUGGUAGAUUUACAACUGAACAAGAGAUCGAUUACGUAAUCAAGGCCAUUCAUGAAAGAGUUGACUUUUUAAGAAAAAUGUCUCCAUUAUGGGAAAUGGUUCAAGAAGGAAUUGAUUUAGAUUCUAUUGAAUGGAGUGGUCAUUAGAGUCAAUGGUUAAUAGGAGUUAUAGGUGGUACUUUGUAUGAGUUUUUACAAUUGAAAUUGAAAUUGAAAUU